UUACUUCUCCGUGAUUGGCUAAUAGCGCUGUCGGUCAGCUCUGUUGCGAUAGCGAUGGGCGGGGCCCAAGUGGAAUUUGUCUGUAGCACCUCUAGGUAGUUUGGCAGCGGUGGGAUAAAGAAAGGCGAGACCGGACAAAUUAGAGCGCAGCGCAGCGGCCUUCACCGUUUACGCCUAUUUUGAGCCCGGUUUCGCCCACUAAAGCUUCGUGUGGGGCCAAGUUCCCACUUAAACUUUACCUUGUCGCUGGGCCAGGAAAAUGAAGAUGAUUGUUGAUUUCGAGGAGUGCCUCAAGGAUUCUCCCCGCUUCAGGGCAUCUUUAGAAGAUGUUGAAGGUGAUGUGUCCGAGUUAGAAAUUAAGCUUGAUAAGCUUGUGAAACUUUGCAUUGGAAUGAUUGAUGCUGGAAAAGCUUUCUGUGCUGCCAAUAAGCAGUUUAUGAAUGGAAUUCGGGACCUUGCACAGUAUUCUAGCAAAGACUCUGUGAUUGAAAGCAGCUUGACAAAGUUUGCAGACAGUUUACAAGAGAUGAUCCAGUACCAUGCAAUGCUAUUUGACCAAGCCCAACGAUCAAUCAAAACACAGCUUCAAACGUUUGUUAAAGAGGAUCUUAAAAAAUUCAAAGAUUCCAAAAAGCAAUUUGAUAAGGUCAGUGAAGAAAAAGAAACUGCUUUGGUGAAAAAUGCACAAGCUCAAAGACCCAAACAACAUGAGGUGGAAGAAGCAACCAACAUUUUAGUAGCCACACGGAAAUGCUUCCGACACAUUGCUCUGGAUUAUGUCCUACAGAUUAAUGUACUCCAAUCAAAACGAAGGUCUGAAAUUUUAAAGUCUAUGUUAUCCUUCAUGUAUGCCCACCUGACCUUCUUCCAUCAGGGCUAUGAUCUUUUCAGUGAGCUGGAGCCAUAUAUGAAGGAUCUGGGUGUACAGUUAGAUAAUCUUGUUGGUGAUGCUGCAAAGGAGAAAAGAGUUAUGGAAAUUAAACACUCAACAAUUCAGCAAAAGGAUUUUGCUGAUGAUGACCCCAAACUUGAUUGUAAUGUUGAUACAACCAGUGGCAUUGUUAUGGAAGGAUACCUCUUUAAACGAGCCAGCAAUGCCUUCAAAACGUGGAACAGGAAAAAGCCAGACCACACCAGGCGCUGGUUUUCAAUCCAGAAUAAUCAACUAGUUUACCAGAAGAAAUUUAAGGAUAACCCAACUGUAGUUGUUGAAGAUUUACGACUUUGUACGGUGAAACAGUGUGAAGACAUUGAAAGGCGUUUCUGCUUUGAAGUGGUUUCACCAACCAAAAGCUGCAUACUGCAGGCUGACUCUGAUAAACUGAGACAGGCAUGGAUCAACGCUGUUCAAACCAGCAUUGCCACAGCUUAUAGAGAAAAAGGAGAUGAAGCAGAGAAAUCUGAGAAGAAGCCAUCUGUCUCUAUUACUAGUCCAUUAUCUGAAGCAAAAGAGAACCUAGUUAAAGGGGAGAGCGCACUUCAACGGGUUCAAUGUAUCCCUGGCAAUACAAGCUGCUGUGACUGUGGGCUUUCAGAUCCCUGCUGGGCCAGUAUUAAUUUGGGCAUUACCUUAUGCAUUGAGUGUUCAGGAAUACACAGGAGUCUUGGGGUGCACUUCUCCAAAGUGAGAUCUCUGACUCUAGACACAUGGGAACCUGAGCUUCUAAAGUUAAUGUGUGAAUUGGGAAAUGAUGUAGUAAACAGUAUAUAUGAAGCUGGAGUGGAAAAAAUGGGUGUCAAAAAACCUCAGCAUGGGUGUCAAAGGCAGGAGAAAGAAGCAUAUAUCAGAGCAAAGUAUGUGGAAAAAAAGUUUGUGGAUAAGCACUCUGAGUCUUUACUAGUGGUCUUCAAAAGAAGCCCUUCCGUGAGAAACAAGGAUGACCAUCUCAGUGUUGCUGAUAAAGGCCUCCAAUCAGAGCCAUUGACAAGAAUGCCUUCCAGCAGUUCAGUGAAAAGCAAUGACAGUGGGAUACAGUUCAGUGCUGAUUGUAGCCAGGAAGGUUUAGCAGGGACGGCAUCUUGCAAUAGUCUGUUUGAUCAAGAUGGAGAGAAGAAAGUUGAAAAACGAGAUUCUUCAGUGUUUCAGGAAUCAAAUGUAAAAAAGCUCCUGCCUGGGCCUCGGUUGUACCAAGCUUCUUAUGAGGGAAAUCUUCCAGGCAUGGCUGAGGCAUUAGCUCACGGGGCUGAAGUAAACUGGGUGAACACAAAAGAAAACAAUGGCACACCACUUAUACAAGCUGUGCGCGGGAGUUCUUUGGUAACAUGUGAGUUCCUGCUUCAGAAUGGUGCCAGUGUUAAUAAUUGUGAUAUUAAAGGAAGAGGACCACUGCAUCAUGCAACACUGCUUGGCCACACAGGGCAAGUUUGCUUGUUUCUAAAGCGAGGAGCAAAUCAACAUGCAAGUGAUGAAGAUGGGAAAGACCCUUUAACAAUUGCAAUAGAGACAGCUAAUGCAGAUAUAGUGACACUAUUGCGGUUGGCCCGUAUGAAUGAAGAGAUGCGUGAAUCAGAAGGACUUUACGGACAGCCAGGGGAUGAAACCUACCAGGACAUUUUCAGAGAUUUUUCCCACAUGGCGUCUAACAACCCUGAAAAAUUAAACCGGUUCCAUCAGUCAGAUUCUCCAAAGUCUUGAUUGUUGUUCAAAAUAUGCUGUAUUGCUGUAUAGCAAGCAAAUGUCUUUAUAUUUGGGAGGGGUAUUUGAAAGAUUAGGUCACAUGUUCCUAAAGUGGCAGCCAAAGGAACUCGGGGGAAGGUGCAAAUGCUGGGUAACUUGUAUUAUUAGGAAGAUCAUUUGUCUGUAAACAUUUUGUAGUGUGCUAUGGAAUUACUUGUAAUGCACAUUUGUUAAUCAAUUUUUGGUCUUUUAAACUGUUUCCAGCCCGCUCUGUGACUGUAA